AUGAAGUUCCAGGGGUCCCUGGCCUGCCUCCUGCUGGCCCUGUGCCUGGGCAGUGCGGAGGCUGGCCCACUGCUAAGCAGAGGACGGAGUGCUGACGCCGGUGCUGGGGAGGCCAUUGGACAUGGGGUGGGGGAAGCCCUCGGCGAUAUAAUCGGGGAGGCCGUUGGCCAAGGGGUGGGAGACGCAGUUGGCUCUGGAACCAGGGAUGCUGUUGGCCCCUGGGCAGAGGACGCUUUCGGCCAUAGAGUUGGGGAGGCCGUCCAGGAGGGGUCUAGGGAAGCAGCCCAUGCUCUUGGAAACACUGGGAGUGAGGCUGGCAGACAGGCUGAGAAUAUCAUUCGGCAUGGAAUAGAUGCUGCCCACGGCUCCUGGCAGGGAAUGCCUGGCAGCAACGGUGCUUGGGGAACCAAUGGCCAGCCCCCAUCUGGAGGCCACGGCAUCCCUGGCUCUCAGGGUGGCCUCGGAGCUCACAGCCAGGGCAAUCCUGGAGGUUCAGGCACUCCCUCGGAUCAUGUAUACUCUGGAGGCUCAGGUGGCAGCUUUGGAACCAACUCUCAAGGAAGCUCCUGGGGCCAAGGAGGCAAUGGAGGGUCACACAACUUUGGGACCAACCCUCAGUGCAUCAACUCCCUGCCAUCUGGCUCAGAUGGAAGCUCUAGCAACUCUUGGGGAAGCAGUGACAGCAGUGGUGGCAGCUACGGCAGCAGCAACGGUGGUGGCGGCAGCUACGGCAGCAGCAACGGUGGUGGCGGCAGCUACGGCAGCAGCCACGGUGGUGGCGGCAGCUACGGCAGCAGCCACGGUGGUGGCGGCAGCUACGGCAGCACCCACGGUGGUGGCGGCAGCAAUGGCGGAAGCAGUAGUGGUGGUGGCAGUCACGGCGGCAGCAAUGGUGGUGGCAGCAGCGGCGGCAGCAAUUCUGGGGGCAACUGGGACUCCAAUACCGGCUCUUCCUCAGGUGGCAGAGGUGGAAGUGGAUAUAAACCUGAGUGUGACAAUUCAGGGAACGAAGUCCGAAUGUCUGGAGGAUCUGAGGGUCAGGGCUUCCGAGGAGGACCGGAAGGUCCCAGAGGCUUUGGUGACAUCAGGGAAAUAAGCAAGGAGGGCAGUCGCUUUGUUGGGGGCUCCCAAGGCAAUUAUCAGGGGCAAUGGUCCAGUGGGGAAGGUGAAGCAGUCGGUGGAAUCAAUAACUUGAACUCUGAGACAUCUCCUGGGCUCUUGAACUUUGAGAAUUUCUGGAAGAACUUGAAAUCCAAGCUGGGUUUCAUUAACUGGGAUGCCAUAAACAAGGGUCAAAUCCCAGCCCCCAGCACUCGAGCCCUGCUCUACUUCAGCCGACUCUGGGAGGAUUUCAAACACAACACUCCUUUCUUGAACUGGAAAGCAAUUAUUGAGAACCCCAAUGAGUCAUCACUCCAGAAGAGGGCAGGCAGUGCUGGUCAGCCUGAUGCAGGAUGGCAAGAGGUGGCAGCUGUAACCUCUAAGAGUUAUAACCAGCAGGCAUAUCCUACUGCCUCUGGCGGGCAGUACUCAGCCAAGAUCCCCCCUAAGGCUUCCCGGGCGCAACCUGGCCUGUUGGAGUGGGCGAAGUUUUGGUAGAAAAUUACUUACAAUAAUGUCUGAAGCCCUGAAAAACAUCAGCUGUCAAGGAACCCGACUGCACCCCUCCCCAGCUCUUCAUCUAUGCCAGGCCUGGUGUGGGUGCUGACACCUUUUCCUACGUUGGGGACCUGGUUUAUCUGUCCCUUGUUGCUUCACAGCCCAUGUGGUACCUCCUUGACGACCAGUCUCAUUAGAAA